CAGUUCCAUUAUAUUCGAAACUCAGUAACUCAGACAUAUGUAUUUUUCUUUUUUGGGUAUAUGCAUAUCAAGGGUUAACUUAUGAUCUUCUUUCUCUGUCACCUCCCUUCGGAGUCUCUUGUUAUGCACAAUACAGCGUUCCAUUUAGUGGCAUUUCCACUCCACCAAACAGGGUUAAAGUCUCUCCCCCGCAGUAGUGUUUAACUGAUUAGGUGAUAAACAACAGCUCAGUUCAUGUGAGUUUAGAGGCUGUUUAACAUCCAGUCGCAGCUGCACGGGAUUUGCAGUCAGCUUUCUGGAGAAGUGCUCAGCAAUGGUUCAGCGUGUGGCAGUGGUUGGAGCAGGCAGUUCUGGUCUGGCCUGUAUCAAGAUCUGUGUUGAUGAGGGUCUGGAACCUGUCUGCUUUGAAAGCAGUGAUGACAUUGGCGGCCUGUGGAGAUUUAAGGAGUCACCUGAGCCAGAGCGAACUAGCAUCUAUCGCUCCUUGGUGGUCAACACCUCCAAAGAGAUGAUGUGUUUUAGCGAUUUUCCCAUGCCUGCGGACUAUCCAAACUAUAUGCACAACUCCCAGCUGCUGCAGUACUUCAGGCUCUAUGCUGAGCACUUUGACCUGCUCAGAUACAUUAUUUUCCAGACCACGGUAAGGAGUGUUACACAAAGGCCAGAUUUUGCUCUGUCCGGUCAGUGGGACAUAGUGACCAUUAACAGUGAUGGAGAGGAAGAGAGGCACGUUUUUGAUGCAGUUCUGGUGUGUUCCGGCCACUACACCAAUCCAGUCAUACCCCUGUCAGACUUUCCUGGAUAUGAAACGUUUUCUGGCAGAUGUUUUCACAGCUGGGAGUAUAAAGAUGCAGAUGCCUACAGAGGAAAGAGGGUGGUGGUGGUUGGCUUUGGCAAUUCUGGAGGAGAUAUUGCAGUGGAGAUUAGUAGAUCUGCAGAGAAGACAUUUCUCAGCACCCGCCAGGGGGCCUGGGUGAUCGGCAGGAUGUCCAGUAAUGGUCUUCCCAUUGACAUGACAGCUAUCACCAGGCUGAACAACCUCCUCACACUGCUUCUUCCCAAGACUCUGGUCAACUGGGCAGCAGAGAGAGCAGUGAACCAAAAAUGUGACCACAGACUGUAUGGCCUGAAGCCCAUACACAGACUUUUGGACAAAAGGACUUUGAUCAACGACGACCUUCCUGGUCGAAUCCUUCAGGGAGCACUAGUAAUGAAACCCAAUCUGAAAGGCUUCAAGGACUCUGGAGUUGUAUUUGAAGAUGGCACUGUGGCGGAGGACAUUGAUGCUGUGGUCUUCUGUACAGGUUAUAAUGGAAACUUCCCCUUCCUGCCUUCAGCUCUAUCUAUGGGACCUCACGGAGAGUUGACAUUGUACAAGAGACUGUUUCCUCCUUCUCUAUUACAACCCACACUGGCCAUCAUGGGUCUUUUCCAGGCAAAAGGACCAAUCAUGCCCAUUGUGGAAAUGCAGACGCGGUGGGCUGUUAAGGUCUUUUCUGGUUUUAGCCGUCUUCCAUCUAAGGAGAAAAUGCUGCAAGUCAUUGAGUCUGAGAGGAAGAAAAACAUGAAAAGCUAUCGCUGCCCACGACAGGCUGCUCUCCAGGUAGAUUACAUCCCUUACCUGGAUUUCAUGGCUGAGGAGGUAGGUGUUCGACCAAACUUCCUGAGACUACUCCUGAGAGACCCUGUGCUCUGGGUGAAGGUCUUCUUUGGUCCCUGCACUCCAUAUCAGUAUCGUCUCACUGGGCCAGGACAGUGGGCCGGAGCCCGUCAGGCUAUCCUCACUCAGUGGGAGCGGGUGGCUCAGCCUUUCAGAACCAGAGCAGUACCAGAACCAGAGAGCAGGCCGUCUGUCCUGUUUUCUCCCUGGCUUCUCAUAUAUGGAGGAACUGUGAUAAUUGCUGUGCUUCUGUCUAAAAAUGAAAUUGUUCCAGUCCUGCAGGGUGCAGCUCAGAUUCUGGGCAGGUGCAAGAUUUUAAUUAGGGACUACUUGGUCACUGGUUAACCACAAUGACAUGAAGAAAUCUAGGUCCAGUUUGUACCAUAGGAUUUAAAAUCAUAUAUGUUGCAAUAUGAUAGAUAUAUCGAUCCAUUAAUAUUGCAAAAGAUGAAAGAGACCUGAGAAUUUCAGGAGUCAUGUACUAUAAUUUAAUCUUAAUUUUUUUAUUUAUUUUAUUUUAUGUUUGUGUUUAUUUUAGCAUGCAGAGAAAAAGACACCCUCACAUUUUGAUGUGGUGUACAAAUGUUGUAUAUGUAAUAAUAUGGUGUUAUAAAUUUGUGAAAGUAGCUUGCACACAGGUGUGUCAGUUUCAAAAGUCUGUGUAACCUGCUCACUACCAUAUAGCAUGUAGCAAAUCCAAAACUGAGGCUUACUGAUGCAGGAAAAACAUCACAGUAUGUGUCCAAGAACUAAAAAGUCCAAUAAAACAUGAUGAGGUGAAAAAAAAACAUGGUUUUACAUGAUGCACACAGUGGUAAACUUGGGUCAAGAAAAACGUUAUGAACAGUCACAUGGUUCAGAAAAAAUGAGAGAGGGUAACACUUUAUUUGAAGGUAGGUUCAUAAGACUGACAUGACACCGUCAUAACCAUGACAUGACACCUGUCAUUAACAUGAAGGAGUCUUUAUGAAGAUUUAUGACUGUUGUCAUUAAGUGUCAUUAAGUGUUAUUGUCACUUUUAAAUACAAACUUGUGAUUGUUUGAGAUGUCGAUGUCAUGACAACUUGACAUUUACCAAGAACACAUAACAUAACCUCAUAAACAUGCCAUAGCAUGAUUAUCAAACUUAAAGAAACUAACAUAACUAACAUUACAUGUAAACUAACAUUACAUUAUAGUGUCAUAUGUGCUUGGUUUUGACAAUGACUGUCAUGAGGCCAUUAUAAUUGUGUCAUGAAUAAUUCCCUUGACAUCAAGUAAAGUGGAACCAUUUGGCAAUCUCAGUAAUUUUAUAUCACGAGAGAGUUCUUAUACAGUAUGGAAUCUAAGUUAAAGGAAAUAAAACUUGUUUGUGCACAACUUUCUUUCUGUCCCCCGAACUUGUGGAAUAUUACUGAAGCGUAAUGCAUUCAUUUGAGAGAAAAAAUCCUGCACUGUUUUUCUGAAUUAAUGAGAUACCUCAAAACAAAAAAGAGAGAGAGAGAAAAACGGAUGUUUCUACUCACCUCCCCCUGCUGAUUCUGAGUGAUGAUUGUGAAUGUUCUGAUGAAUAAAUGUAAAUAAAUAAUGCUUUGUUUGUGACAGCUAGCAUC